AUGAGAUUCUUUGAACGAGAAGGAACCUCGGAGGAUUCUGGACAUGUUUCUGGAUGCGAUCAUGCGGAGGCUCAUGGACAUGUUCCUGGGCGCGAUCUUGCGGAGGAUCCUGGACAUGUUGCUGCUUCCGAUCCUUUGGAGGAUCCUGGACAUGUUUCUGGAAGCGAUCCUGCGGAGGAUCCUGGGCAUGUUGCUGCUUCCGAUCCUUCGGAGGAUCCUGGACAUGUUUCUGGACGACGCGAACCUGCGGAGGAUCCUGUGCAUCUUUCUAGAUGCGAUACUGCGGAGGAUCCUGGACAUGAUUCUGGAUGCGAUCCUGAGGAGGAUCCUGGGCAUCUUUAUGGCUGCGAUACUGCGGAAGAUCCUGGACAUGUUUCUGGAAGCGAUCCUGCGGAGGAUCCUGGACAUAUUUCUGGAUGCGAUCCUCCGGAAGGCUCCUAG